AUGCCCUUCGGCUUCUCAAAUAUGCCCAGUACAUUUAUGCAGGUUAUGAAUCAGGCUCUUCGCCCAUUCAUCGGUAAAUUUGUUGUGGUCUACUUUGAUGAUAUUUUAAUUUAUAGUGCUAAUGAUGAUGAACAUGUCCAGCACCUUCGGGAAGUUCUUUCAAUUCUUCGCAGGGAUAAAUUCUAUGCUGCAGUGAAGAAGUGUUCCUUUCUCACUGAUAGUAUGGUGUUCCUGGGUUAUGUGGUGUCGAAGGUGGGGUUCGCAGUUGAUACAUCUAAAGUAGAGGCGAUAAGUCAAUGGCCACAGCCCAAAACUGUCACUGAGGUGCGGAGUUUUCAUGGCCUUGCUUCCUUCUAUCGCAGGUUCAUACCUCAUUUCAGUAGCAUCAUGGCACCAAUUACAAAUUGCAUGAAGGAUGGUAGGUUUCAGUGGACUCACGAGGCAGAGUCAUCUUUCCAAUUGAUUAAGCAGAAGUUGACUACUGCUCCAGUUUUGGUGCUGCCUGACUUUACCCAACCAUUUGAGCUACAUUGUGAUGCUUCGAAAGUGGGUAUUGGUGGUGUACUGAGUCAGAACAACCGCCCUGUUGCAUAUUUCAGUGAGAAGCUUUCUGGGUCGAAGUCUCGGUACAGUACUUAUGAUGUGGAGUUCUAUGCAAUAGUCCAGGCCGUUCGACAUUGGCGUCACUAUUUGUUCCAUAAGGAGUUCAUUUUGUAUACGGAUCAUGAUGCCCUUAAACACCUUGGUACUCAGGAUAACGUUUCUACUCGACAUGCCUCUUGGAUUGCUUAUCUACAGCAAUUUACUUUUGUGAUCAAGCACAAGGCAGGUGCCCUUAACAAAAUUGCGGAUGCGUUGAGUAGGCGCCAAACGCUCCUUACAGAAAUAAGUUGCAGGAGGCUUGUUGCCGCUUCUUACUUUUGGCCAUCAUUGUGCAAGGAUGUCAGCAAGUUUGUGGAGCGUUGUCAGGUUUGUCACUUGGCCAAGGGCAAGGCGACCAAUGCGGGCUUGUAUAUGUCCCUACCUAUCCCAACCCAGCCUUGGACAGAUGUGAGUAUGGAUUUCGUUGUGGGACUUCCCAGGACCCAGCGUGGUUUUGAUUCAAUCUUCGUAGUGGUUGAUCGAUUUUCAAAAAUGGUACAUUUCAUCCCCUGCAAGAAGACUACAGAUGCUGUCAAUGUAGCCUUAUUGUACUUUCGUGAAGUUUAUCGCCUUCAUGGACUACCUACAUCUAUUGUGUCCGAUCGGGAUACUCGUUUCCUCAGCCACUUUUGGCACAGCCUAUGGCGCUCUGUGAAUACACGGCUGGACUUCAGCAGUGCAUAUCAUCCUCAAACAGAUGGUCAAACAGAGGUUGUUAACCGUUCCUUAGGUUUUAGUCCGUUCCAGGUGGUGUAUGGCCUUGUUCCUCAUGGUCCUCUUGAUCUAGUUCUAGUUUCUACUUCUGUUAAAAUGCAUGGUAAGGCCGAAGACUUUAUUCAACAACUGCACCAUGUUCACUCACAGACUCAUGAUCAGCUGCAGGCUGCUGUCGCUGAAUAUAAGCGUGCUGCGGAUCUCAAGCGCAAACAUGUUGAGUUUGAGGUAGGUGACUUUGUUUGGGCGGUGUUAACAAAGGAUCGUGUUCCUGCUCAUGAAUACAACAAGCUUACCGCGAAGAAGAUUGGUCCGUUGGAGGUCAUUGAGAAAAUCAAUCCAAAUGCUUACCGUUUAAAGCUGCCCAGCCAUAUUCGUACCUCCGACGUGUUCAAUAUCAAGCAUUUGGUGCCAUUUCAUGGUGAUAAUUUUGGUGAUAAUGAUGAAGCUCCUUUCCCGUCAAAUUCGAGGGCGAAUUUUUCCCACCCUGGGGAGAAUGAUGAAGUGCAUAAGAGAUUAGAGUUCAUGGCAAAAUGGGACCAUCACAAGGCAAAAGUUGGUAAAAGGGGCAAAUGA